AUGAAUAUUAGCUUACCAAUAACUACUACCUAUACUGGUUUGUUAAGCUUUAGAAAGAUUUGCUCAUCAGGUUCCACUUGGAGAUGUUAUGUUAGCGCCAAAAAAGAUGGUAUUGCUUUUGAUAGUAGAAAAUAUAGUAAACUCCUUGCUGCUAUUCGAUCUCAUGGAAACUUUAUUGAAUAUGUUCCACUUCAAUUAAUGUUGGCUGGAUUGCUAGAAAUUCAAGGUUUUAAUUCUAAAUACCUACAAUUUAUAUUGGCUAUAUUCACUAUUGGAAGAAUAUCUCAUGCUAUUGGUCUAAGUAAACAUAAUCAUCUUGGCCCAGGUCGUCCUUCUGACGAAGUAUUUCGAAAAGAGCAUCUGCUAUUAUUUUGGCAUCUGGAUUCAUCAGAAACAUGUUUGUACUGUUCUCCUCAAUCAUAA